AUGAGCAUCCAAAAUCUCGCCAGCUACGACCCCUUUGCCGACACCGGUGACGACCCUGGGCUUAGCAGUAAGCAAGCAGGUGUCGAAGCGGGUGUAGCAGACGGCGGUGCCAAAAAGAAGGCCCCGCAGGAUCGGUACAUUCACAUUCGCAUUCAACAGCGCAACGGUCGCAAGACCUUGACCACGCUUCAGGGCCUCCCCAAGGAAUAUGACCCGAAGAAGCUGAUCAAAGCCUUCAAAAAGGAAUUUGCAUGCAACGGAACCGUCGUCGAUGACGAGGAAUCCGGUCAGGUCAUCCAGCUGCAAGGCGAUCAGCGUCAGAAGAUCAGCGUUUUUCUCGCGGACGAAGUCGGCAUCCCUAAGCAGGAGAUCAAGGUGCACGGAUUCUAA